AUGGCCGGGAGUCCCCCAGUUCAAUCCACCGAAUGCAACAGGGUUCCUCGUCAGUCUUGUCGACUGCUCCGAGAAGACCGUUCGAUCUGCCUCCUUCACAUCACCGUGCAGAUACAGCAAUCGCACUCCUCGUCGCCGCAGUCACACCCGAAACAUGGCUUCGAUACAGUCUUGAUCGGCUUUUUGAUUGACCCGCCCGAGCUUGUCGACGGUAGAAUCCAGUUGAUCGGGGAUGAGACAAAGGUGACCAUUGUGGACUGGUACUUGUCGCUGAUUAAUAGCGUCGAAACAAGGACCGCUGGAAGGGAGUCAGCAAUGUCAGCAUCGCGUAAGCGCAUCGUGGGAAUCGGCGGUCGGACAUCAGACAAGAUAGUUACCGUAAGGCGGAUAAUCACGUACAAGGCUUCAGGGAAGCAGGGCGCGUGGGGUCUGGACAGCGAUAUGGAUGGAGAGAGGGGAAAACCGCACUGCCUGGUUGCCCCAGUUUUCAUGGUGAAGGAGUAA